GGAAUGAUCAUUCUGAAUGAAACCACAGGGAGCCAGGUGAUUGAAUUCAUUCUCACUGGCAUCACAAAACGUCCUGAGCUACAGGGCCCCCUCUUUGUUGUGUUUCUCCUCGACUACAUGGCCAUAGUUGUGGGGAACAUGGGCCUGAUCAUCCUGACCAGUGUUGAUUCCCACCUCCAAACCCCCAUGUACUUUUUCCUCAGGCAUCUGGCAUUUGUUGAUCUUGGCUAUUCAACAGCUAUUGGACCAAAAAUGCUAGUUGGAUUCACAGAAGAGAAAAAUAUCAUUUCCUAUAAUGGAUGUGCAGUACAGCUAUUUUUCUUUGGGAUAUUUAUUGCCAGUGAACUUUUUAUCCUGUCAGCCAUGGCCUAUGACCGUUAUGUUGCUAUCUGUAAGCCCCUCUACUAUAUGGUCAUUGUGUCAGACAUGAUAUGUUGGCUCUUGGUGGCUAUGUCAUACCUCUAUAGUACCAUGAUAUCUCUACUGUUUGCAAUAAAGCUUUUUAAAUUAUCUUUCUGUAAAUCAAAUGCAAUAAGAAACUUCUACUGUGACAGUGCUCCCCUAUUGGCCAUUACAUGCUCAGACACAAGUGAGAUAGAACUAAUCAUUAUGAUCUUUGCUGGAUUUAACUUUGUUUCUUCCCUUCUGAUUAUCCUUAUCUCAUAUACAUUCAUUCUUGUGACUAUCCUCAGGAUGAACUCUUCUGAGGGCAGGCACAAAGCCUUCUCCACUUUUGGCUCUCACCUCACAGGGGUGGUUAUAUUCUAUGGGACACUUAUCUUUAUCUAUCUACAGCCCCAAUCUAGCCAUUCCUUUGAGAAAGACAAAAUAGCUUCUGUGUUUUACACUCUGGUCAUCCCCAUGCUCAACCCUUUGAUCUAUAGCUUGAGGAACAAAGAGGUGAAAGGUGCCUUGAAGAGACUCUUUAAAAAAUCAUGUAAGCCUUCUCUUAAAUGCACAAUAUAG